AUGGAAAUAGACAACGACGUGCCCACUAUCCUGGCUACUCUCCGAAUGGAGGCCGAUCCCGAGCUGGCCGCAACUUUCUACUCGUUGGAAGAUCUGUGGGAGCGAAAGCUGUGGCACCAGCUGACAGAUGCGCUGGCCGAGCUGUACGCAGACCCCCGAUCCAAGCCUCUGCGACUGCGAAUCUUCACGCAAUUCAUCCAGGUUUUUGAGCGCAACUUGAACCAGCUGAAACUGGUCAUUUUCGGAGUGCUGGCAGCUGCCCAGUGCAAUAACGACGAGGAGACCUUGGGCUUCCUCACCAGCCUCGCAGAUAAGGUCAGCCACAAGCCCGACACCCAGGAUGCGUACGUGUACGCCCAGAUUGAGAUUGCACGAGUCAAGCUGCGUCUCAAGGACAUGGAUGGCGCUCGAGAGGUGCUCAACUCCGUCACCGGCACCAUCGACUCUCUGAACUCUGUCGAUCCCAUCAUUACCGCCGCCUACUACGGCGUCAACGCCGACUACUAUCUUUCCAAGGGCGACUUCAACACCUACUACCGUAACGCUCUAUUGUACCUGGCGUGCAUCGAUCUGUCUACUUUGUCGGUGGAGGCCGUCCAGAAGCGAGCCCAUGAACUGUCUGUGGCAGCCCUGUUGGGAGAGAAGAUUCACAACUUUGGAGAGCUGUUGCUGCAUCCCGUACUGGACAGUCUGAAGAACACAGAGUACGCUUGGUUGCGAGACCUGCUGUUCGCACUGAACCAGGGCGACAUCUCCGAGUUUGAGAAGCUCACAUCGCAGCAUGUUUCCAAGCUGCCUCCUCUCGAGGCCGCCAUGCCUCUGCUGCGACAAAAGAUCUGUCUGACAGCACUGACAGAGGCUGCCUUUAAGCGACCCACCAACGACCGAACUCUGACCUUUGCCGCAGUGGCAAAGGAGACUCAGCUGCCCGCAGACGAGAUUGAGCAUCUGGUCAUGAAGGCGCUGUCGUUGGAGCUCAUCAAGGGCCACAUUGACCAGGUUGCUCAGACCAUCACUAUCACAUGGCUGCAGCCCCGAGUGCUCAACAAGCAGCAGAUUGCCGACAUGAAGCAGAGACUCGACCAGUGGGACGCCAACGUCAAGCAGUUGGGUGGAUGGAUUCACGACCGAGGUGAGGGUGUUUGGCUGGAGGCUUAG